CUUCCUCCUCAGGGCGGGGCUUCUCUCGGCUCCAUCCUCUCACGGACCCCAGGAUCAGCUCCUCUCUGGCGGCGGCGCGCAGCCGGAGCGCGGCCUCUUUUCCUCCAGCGAGCAGCAGCAUCUCACGAGCAGCAGCUUUCAUACCCGCGAGGCGAGCAGCUGAUGAAGAGGAGGGUGAGGAGGUGAGGAAGAGGCUCGGCGGCGGGUAGCUGCGGACUCAUCGCCAUUGUUUGGAUGCGGAGAGAGAGAAAAGGACCCGGAUGAGAGACAGCAUGCCCCCCCCACUGCUGAUAACCCUGCUCUGUCUGCAGCUUCUGAGCGCGUGUGCGUUCCAGGCGUCUCUGAGCGAUGGCGGUCAGAUCGUGGCGACGCUGGAGCGCUCCGAUCUCCAGGAGAACGUGACGGCGUACGCUGCUCAGAUCUCAGGAGGAACAAGGCCCAUCGUCGUGCAGUUUGAGAACGCCAGCGAGCUGAAGGUCAAGGAGCUGAAGGUCAAGGAGCUGAAGGUCAACGCCUCGCUGCACGGCCUCUGCUACAGCGUCAGCUUGCUGCUGAGAGAGGGGCCGGACGGCUGGUCCAAACCCAUCAGAACCAUCCCAGUGCUCACCAAGCCUCUCCCCGUGCGCAGCGUGCACAUCUGGGACUACAGAGAGUCUCCAGAGACCGGCGUGGUGUUCCAGCUGCAGCCACCAGGGGGCAGCGUGUUCAGCCGCGUCAACAUCAGCUACAGCGAGGGGGCGGAGCCUCGCUACAUGCUGUACAAAGACUUCCACAAGGGGAAGACGGUGUUCAGGCACUGGCUCCCUGGCGUCUGCUACAGGAACAUCACCUUCAUGCUCAUCUCUGAGGCCACCAUCUCCCAGCAUGCACUGCUCUCACACAGUGACGUCACACACACUCCUCUGCACCACAGGACAGUCCCAUUCCCCCCCCUCAACAUCUCCCAUAAGAUCGUGCACCUGGUCCAGAGGCCUCUCCAGAAGGACCCCCCUGCCCCCCCCCGGCAGUCCCGGGACGUUGCCCUCCUGGACGAAGAGCCCCUGGAGGAGGUUCAGCCUUCAGACGACCACAAGGGCACGGAGGCUCCUUUCAGCUUCAGCCCAACGCACAACCUGACAGGCUUCAACCUGACCAAUGAGGAGGAUGAGGGGGCGUGGCUUAAUCCACCGAAGCAGGGGGCGUGGCCUAAUCCACAGAAGGAAGAGGAACAAGAGGAAGAGGAGGAGGAAGAGGAGGAGUUUGUGAACGCGGUGGUGUCAGAGUAUGAAGACUCGGGGUCAGCGAUGAUGCUCCACCCCCCCGACCCCCCCGCGGUGUCCCCCCCCCCGCUUCCCCCCCUCCUCAUGGAGGUAAGAUGGCUGCCCCCCCGACCGCCGACCAGCUACGACGGCUUCAACAUCUACAUCUACAGAGACGGUGAGUCAUAUUAUUUCAUGUUUGUUUUCGCUUCCAAAAUCUAAAUGGAAGUGAUAUGGUCUGUGUUUACAUUAGC